GUAGUAUCUAUAUCUAUAUAGGGCCGUGUUGAAAACUCAAGACCGUCGUCGUUUUCCGGGUAGAUUCCGUGCUCGGUGGUUCCGUCACAACCACUCACAACCGAAUAUUUUAUACGAUUAUUAUUAUACCUUUAGUGGUCACAACCAUGAACUAUGGUCAUAACGUAGGACCAACAACUAUAGACGUUCAUCAUGGUCGACUCGAACAUCACUUUAGUAAACAAAAUGUUUAUUAUGAGAUUUAGCACGUAGUCCAAGUAAUAAAUAAUAAUAAUAACAAUGUUAAUAUGUCAUCUUCAUAACAGACGUGGGUUUGUGAUUGUCUCUAAACGCUUCCUACAGUUUAAAAUUAUGGCUGGGUGGAACGAAAGUCAGUUACGGAAGUAUAACAUAAAAGUGGAUAAAAUACCUACCCUACAGUACGAUGAUCCAAAAGUAGACUCACUUCUCAGCAAUAAUAAACCAGUACUAAUCAAAGGAUCCAAAUUAGUUUCUCAAGUGCUAAAAUGGGAUUUGGAUUAUUUAACUGAGCAUAUGAAUUCAAUAUGCUGUAAUGUAUUGGUAUCAAAAAAUCAUAAAUUCAAGUAUUAUGACCAAAAGAAAAUCACCCCUAAUAUGACGUUCAAACCAAUCAGUCGACCAAGCCCUAUGAUAUUUUCUGAAUUUGCUAAAAAAAUAAAAGAUUGGAAAAAAGGAGACUCCAGAUUAUAUAUGCAACAAGUAUUGAAUAAUUCAAUUAGCCAACGUAUUGUUAGUGAUUUUGUUAUGUUCAAUUGGGAUUGGAUUAUGUCAAAACAAAAAGCGUGUAAAUGGGGAUCUCUGACAUCAAAUCUUCUUUUAAUUGCACAAGAAGGUAAUGUUACUCCAUGUCAUUACGAUGAGCAACAAAAUAUGUUUGCUAGCAUUCGAGGGUAUAAAAGAUUCAUUUUAUUUCCACCUAGUGAAUUUGAGUGUUUAUAUCCACAUCCAGUUCAUCAUCCGUAUGAUAGACAAAGUCAAGUAGACUUUGAUAAUCCAGAUUUCAUAAAAUUUCCAAAAUUCAAAGAAGCUUGUGGAUAUGAAGUUAUAGUUGGACCUGAAGAUGUCUUAUAUAUACCAAUGUAUUGGUUUCAUCAUGUUGAAUCAUUGAUGCAUGGUGGCUGUACAGUUUCAGUAAACUUUUGGUUCAAAGCGGGAUCUGUUGAAAAAAUUGAGUAUCCUUUGCUUGACCACCAGAAAAUGGUUAUCAUGAGAAAUGUGGAAAAAAUGUUAGCUGAAGCAUUGCAUGAUCCAAAUGAGGUUGGUAAUAUGCUGAACACAAUUGUUCUAGGUCGAUACACGUCUGAUACCAACUAAUAGUUCCCAUUAGAAUAUAUAUAUAUUAAUUUUAAAAAAAAAGAUCUGAUUGAAUAAUAUUUAUUUAAACAAUAAGGUUAUUUAAUGCUUUUAGUUAAUAUAGAACUACUGAUGUUAGUAUUAGCUUUUUUUUAUUUUAAAUAGGAUUUUUAGUAAUUCUAGGCUUGGUAUAAUUUGUUGAGCUUUAACAGUCACCAAUAAAUAAAAAGUGGUAUCUACCACUUAGACAUAUUGUUUUUGUAUAAUAUAAACCUUAGAUCAUAUAAGCUGGAUAUAUAAACUAUUGUUAUAAUACAAGGCAUACUAACUGCGAUACAGUUAAAACUUUAUAUGCAUGAGUACCGAGUAGUGUAGUAACACACCAUUCAGAUUUUGCCUUAACAGUUCCCAUUUGCGAGUGCAAUUCCUUUAAAUGCAAAUGGGAAUUGUAAAUUGUGGUGCCACUUCUUUAUAUUUCAAAUUUGUUUGCAAUGUUUUGCGCUAUAGUUCUAUCCAGUAUAUAAUAUGAUCAAUCUACUUCAAACACAUGUUAAACAUAAGACAUAUUUACUAGUCAUCCAUGCUCUACUAUGAUCGCAAUAAUAUUUUUUUUAUAAUUGUUAUUUUAUUGUAUUUAUAUUAUAGUAGGGUAUGGACAAUUCAAAUUCACAUUAUUUAAGUGUGAAUCAUACUAUGGAAAUCAUAACAUUUAUAUGAACCUUAAUAUUUGAUACUAAUAAGAAUACAUUUUGUAAAUUGCUUGUACAAACGGUUUGGUUUUAAAAAUGAUUUAAAGGCUGAACUUAAAACAUAACUAAACGGAGUUACACAUAAGUUUAAUAGAUAAAUAAUGGUUUAAUGGAAUAAAAUAUUUACUAUAGUACAAAAGUUAGAUUAUUUUAAAACUAUUUAAAACUAAUUUAUUAUUGUUACUAUACAUUUUUUUUAAAAUCUUUAAUUGAUUUUUUUUUGUUUAAUAUUUAACAUUAAUAUUCUAUGAAAUUAUGAUAUUCCUAAACCUUGUAUUGAUCAUAAGUACUAAAUACAGAGUUAUAAUGUUUAAUUUUAUGCAAUUUCUUGUUUAAGGAUUGUAUUAUAGCAUUUUAUUGACUUAUGUGUGUUAUUUAACAUUUGUAAAUUUAAAAUAAUUUUUUGUACAUAGUUUAAGCUGUUAUUUUUAGUUCCUAUAAUGUAUUGAAACAUCAUUUUAUGUAUAAUUUAUAUUGAAAUGUAAUUUCAUUGUGAUUUUAAUAUUAUUUUAUUUGUAUUUAUUUUGCUAGUCUUUCUGUAAUAUUUUAACUUAUUACCUAAUCAAAUUCAAUUUUUUUUAAGUACUUAUUUUUGUUUGAUGCUGGUAUUACAUUGUAAUAUUGUAUAGACAACUGUAUUUAAUUAAAUACAAAUAAAAACUAAAAUGGUAUAUUAUUUUAAUU